CGGUAUUUAUUGGAUCUCUUUUGAAAUCAUAUUUACGUACGAACAUGGACACGCACAAGGCCGCAGUUUUGACAUCACCCCAGAGAGCGGACGAGAAGCCCACGUUCUCAGUGCGCGACGAGCCGCGUCCGGUUCCGAGCGCCAAUGAAGUCCUCGUACGUCUUUCAGCCACGGGUCUUUGCGGAUCCGACUUGGGAAUGGCCAUGGGCCAUUUCGGGCCGGUUGGCAACAUCCUUGGACACGAGGGAGUUGGCCGCAUUGCAGCAUUGGGUUCCAACGUCGCCGCUCUCGACCAAUCGGUCCAGGUUGGACAGCGAGUCGGGGUGGCUUGGAUUCGUGAUAUCUGCAGCACAUGCGAGACUUGCGUCGAUCUCGUCAACGAGGGAGAAACGCGAUGCGAAAAAAUGCCCCACUCAGGCAAGGCUUACGACGGGACAUUCGCCCAAUAUACGCUCGUUCCGCUUCAUUACUUAGCCCGGCUUCCGUCGCAGUUUGACGGGUUGCCUGACGAAGAGGUUGCCCCGAUCUUGUGUGGUGGCGUAACUGCAUACAAGGCCAUCAAGGGGUGCAACGUCACCCCGGGCCAAUGGUUUGCUAUCUCAGGAGCGGGUGGUGGUGUCGGCUCCCUGGCGGUGGCUUACGCCCACGCCAUGGGCUAUCGUGUGAUUGCUGUUGACGCCGGCCCUGAAAAGGGUGAGAUUUGUAAAGCCCAGGGGGCUGAACAUUACAUCGAUGUCACCACGUCGGGCACUUUGGGUGAGAAAAUAAGGCAAGCGACAGGAGGACAUGGUGCAAAGGCGGUGGUCGUCACGGCCACGGCAACAGCCGCAUAUCAGGAGGCAUACGAGUUGCUGGCUCCCUUCGGUACGCUGAUGUGCGUGGGUAUUCUGUCGGCUGAGGCUAGGGUCACAUUCAACCCUCUCUGGCUCAUCGCCAAGGGAUGGAAAAUAAUGAGCUCAUCUGUUGGGACCCGAGCGGAUAUACUUGAGGCGUUGGAGUUCGUGAGGCGCCGUGCUGUAGUACCAAAAGUCCAAGUGGGAAGGCUUGAAGACAUUCAAGACCUCGUUCAGACCAUGUACGCAGGUCAGCUCAAAGGUAAGUGGGUUCUAAAGCUGGAUUAGGGGUGGACCGAGAAGCGGCAAAACCCAAUUUAAAAAUAUACAGAGCCAUUGGACGGGAAGAACACAAAUGAACCGGCCCCAUAAAGAAAAAAGGCUGUAGUACCCCGCCGCCAAAUAUUUUACAAUUCUUAACAAUUCUGAAUUCUAUCUCACACUUCUCUUACCAAUAUCCUAAUUUCCUUGAGUCUAUAAAAAAACUUUACCAACCCCCCCAAUGGAAACAAGCUUGCACAUAGGGCUUAUUAGGUAAAGCUUAGGUUAGUAAUAGAAAUAUGCUCGGGAUUAACGUGUUAGUAGGGGCUGCGGAUUAGCAGGAGAGGGCAGCGGCGUAUCGCAAUAGAAAAUAAGAAGAAGAAAGAAAGAAAGAAUGAAUGAAAGAAUAUACAGAAAAAUAAGAAAAGAAAAGACAGAUAGAGAGAGAAACAACCCAGGCGACACUAGUUUACCUGUCAAAGUACGAAAGGUACCUAAGUCACUGUUG